AAAUUUUAAACGAAUUAAAAUAGAAAAUGCUGUAUCGAAAAUCGAUGGAUAAUAUUCUCAAAAUCAUAUAUUUCACGAAAGCUGUUUAUGGAUCUCUUGUUGCGACACAGGCACAAAAUAACAUCGAAAGAUGGUCUGUAAUGUUGAAUACUUGAAUCCCUUGAUAACGGUAAAUCCGGUUUUUUUCGUGGCCACUACGUUCAAUCCAAGAUUCUUCAGUUCAAUAUUAGACGUUCCGUGCGCAUACGCGAGAAUUGACCUCUGCUGUGUGCAUGACACGUCGAUGAAUUCGCUAUCGCCUCGAUAAUUAACUGAAUAUUUUAUAAUAAACCGUUUCGAUUCGUCCGUUGGCAGCCGGCCGCCGUUUAGCUUCUCUUACCCACUUACCAAGGCCAGUUGCUGAGUGGCAUUCUCAGCAAAUUUGUCAGCUUUUUAAAAUCAAGUGGAAUUUUCCCGGUAUCAGGUACAUUUUUACCGCUUUGCAAACUUACAACAUGGGCUUUCUAAAAUCGAUAGGCUCGUUUGUUAUCUACUUCGGUACCUUUUUGACUGUAAUCACUUUCAUUCCUAUAAUUCUGCCUGACGCAAAAUUCGAAGAGUACAGUCUGGUGCUACCAAAAAAAUUGAACGGAAUAUUAGCUAUUAAUGAAAGACUGAACAAUCCAGAGGUCUUAUUUCAAGAACAAGUCAAAGGUGCUGAAGCAUUUGCAUCAUUUGGUGGAGAACUUUACACAGGAGUAUAUGGUGGCUAUGUAAUGAAAGUUACUGAUAAUAAGCUUGUUCCUAUUGUAAAAUUUGGAAAAGACUGUGAUGGAGUUUGGCAAGAAGCUAAAUGUGGUAGACCUUUAGGAUUGAAAUUUGAUAAGAAAGGUACAUUGUAUGUCUGUGAUGCAUACUACGGUAUCUUCAAAGUUGAUGUCAAAACAGGAAAAUAUGAAAAACUUGUUGACAACAAUACCCCAAUUGAAGGCAAAGUUCCACUGGUAUUUAAUUCGUUAGACAUUGCAAGUAAUGGCGAUAUAUAUUGGUCUGAUUCAAGCACAGAAUUUGACCUUCAAAAUGGACUUUUCGCAAUGUUGACAAAUCCAUCAGGAAGACUGAUGCGUUAUAAUGUAGCUAUAAAAAAAAAUGAAGUCAUUGUACAUGAUUUAGGAUUUGCCAAUGGAGUUGCUCUAAGUGCAGAUGAACAAUUUGUUAUUGUUCUUGAAACUUCAGCAUCUCGUAUUAUAAAAUACAAUAUUAAGGGACCUAAAGCAGAGAAACAAGAAGUUCUCAUUGAAGGACUUCCAGGAUUUCCUGAUAAUGUGCAUUCUGACAAUAAUAAGGGAUUUCUUGUCACUCUAGUGGUGUAUGCAGACUCUGAAAAUCCCCAAAUAUCGCAGUCACUUGCACCUCAUCCAUUAAUCAGACGUAUGGCUGCAAGAUUUCUUGCUGUCUUGGAAGCCCCAUUCAAAUGUCUGCAAACCUACUACCCUAAUUAUUUUGCUGAAAGGGUAAUUCAUUAUAUUGGACAUUUUGAGAGUAUGAUGAUCUUAAUUCCAAAGAUUAGUACAGUUUUAAGAAUAAGUCAAGAUGGAAAGAUCUUGGAUGCAUCUUAUGGUACUGAUGGAAAAACUGCAGGAUUCAGCUCAGGUUACAUACACAAUGGAUACUUAUGGUUGGGAUCUCCAUUCGCUCAAUAUGUGGCUAGAGUGCCAUUGAACAAAGCAUUCCCUGGUCUCAAUGAACAUGGUCAAAAAGAAAAAAACAGUAGGAGUGGAAAACAACCAGAGGUAAAGAAUACUUUAAAGGUUGAAACACCACCGAAACCAAGCCCUGGUAAAGAAUCAAAACCAAUCAGUAGUAAAGCCUCUACAUCAGCAGAUUCAAGACCGGUUUCUGGUAAAGCUUCUGCAUCAACAGAAUCAAAACCAGCCACUGAUAAAGCUUCUACAGAAUCAAAGCCAGCUACUGGUAAAGGAUCUGCAGAAGCCAAACCAGCCUCUGCCAUAGCCUCUGAAUCUGCAGAAUUAAAAGCUAGUAAGCAGAAUGUUAACCAACAAAAAAUUGAACAAACUUCACAGAAGUCUAGUCAAAACAAGAAAAGAUCUGAAAAGUAAAGCAAAUACAUCCAUGGCAACUAGCAACUUUAGAAUACAAUAACAUGUAAAAAAAUUCUAUUUGUAUUUUUUAAAUUAGAUGUUGCGCACAUAUCGGAACUUUAGGAUUUUCUGUGAUAUUGUGGAUUUAAUUUAAGUGUAAAUCUUCUAUAUUUGCACUUUGAUUACAUCUACUGUUUACAAUGAAUUAAACUUCAUGCAUACUAUCACAAUUAUUACAAGGCUUCCAUAUUUUUUUACACAUUCAACUUGAAUUGUAAGAAUUUCAAUGUAUCUUUUAAAGGCGGCUUAUGAACAAUUAAUGAUUAUUUUUGUAAAGGAUUUGGGUUGUUAAGAGUUAUGACAUAAAUAAAAUUGUAGGAUUAUUUUCUAUAAAUAAAUUUGUA